CUUAUUUAUGCUCAGCAGAUCGCUAUUGAAGUGCCGGGCAGCUGUUUCUUUUUUGACGAAACCACCUUUCGCUCCUUCUUUUGUACGCGAAGCAGCUGCCAUGGCGACAUCGGAAACGAUGAAGACGCCAGUUUGCAUCAUUGGCUCGGGACCUGCAGCGCACACAGCAGCCAUCUACACUGCUCGCGCAGAACUCCAUCCUAUUCUCUUUGAAGGAUGGCUUGCAAACGGUAUUGCUGCUGGCGGCCAACUGACAACCACAACAGAUGUAGAAAACUUUCCAGGCUUUCCGGAGGGCAUCAUGGGUGGCGAAAUAACCGACAAAUUCAGGGCGCAGAGUGAGCGAUUCGGGACAAAGAUAUAUUCUGAGACAGUCAACAAGAUUGAUCUCUCAAGACGGCCCUUCAAGGUGUGGACGAGCAAGAAGGCCGUGGAAGCAGACACCGUCAUCAUUGCCACAGGCGCAGUGGCCAAGCGGCUGGAAUUCCCGGGUUCAGGGGAGGUGAACGGGUUCUGGAACCGGGGCAUCAGCGCAUGUGCGGUCUGCGACGGCGCGGCGCCGAUGUUCCGGAGAGUGCCGCUGGCCGUCAUCGGCGGAGGUGACUCAGCGAUGGAGGAGGCGCUCUUCCUGACCAAGUACGGUUCCAAGGUGUACAUCAUCCACCGCCGCGACGAGUUCCGCGCCUCCAAGAUCAUGCAGAAGCGCGCCCUCGAAAACCCCAAGAUCGAGGUGCUGUGGAACACGACAACGGUUGAGGCGUAUGGCAAUGAGAAGGGGAUGCUGGGCGGCCUCAAGGUGCAGGACGUGAAGACCAAGGAAGUGCGCGACCUGCCAGUCUCCGGCCUCUUCUUCGCCAUCGGCCACGAGCCCGCCAGCAAGUUCCUGAACAACCAGGUGGAGACUGACGAGGAUGGAUAUGUGCUCACAAAGGCCGGCACCACAGAGACGAGCGUGCCAGGCGUCUUCGCUGCCGGAGAUGUGCAGGACAAGAAGUGGCGGCAGGCCAUCACAGCAGCCGGCACUGGGUGCAUGGCAGCGCUGCAGGCAGAGCACUUCCUGCAGCUGAAUGGGUCCAGCUUUGAGGAUGAGAACGGCAAUGCAGCCCCCGCCACCGCAGAUGCACCCGUCACAAACGGAGAUGUGCCCGCAUUGGACAACGGCCACGCUGCAGACAACAAGCUUGUCGCUGCGUUGUAAUUCUAAGACCCUCAACAGCAUGUCUAGUGUAGAUGACCGCUAUUUACAUGUCCCUGUCCACCUGACGGUGCAGGCUGCCAAUGUUGAUGGGGAUGACGGCCCAACAAUGAGCACAGUUUCCAAAGGAUUAUAUGCGUUGUUUAAGCUUCAAGGCAGCUCAAAUUCUUGCAAAAUAGACAUCAUCCUGUCAACAUUUGGCAGGUUGAGAUGCCAGCAUGUACGUGUUGGCCAGGGUUGGUAUUACUGAGCUUCCUGAGUGGAUAAGUGUACAUUGCAUUGCGACUGCUGUGGCGUAUAAACAACUAGCGCAUGCUGUCGACUUUGUCAAGUUCAUGCUUCCAAGCCUGUGGAUCAUGUGCUAAGGGAUGUGCUGCAUCAAGUCUGACUCCUUGGGAGACGUGCCGCAGAUCUACACAUUCCUGCUUUGUUACCAAUUGGGAAGGUUUGCAAGGUUUACUCAGUACGGUGGUAGGCAUGCAAAUACAUUUAAAUGUAUGACAUGUGAUUC